AUGAAUGAGCCACUAGACGAUUUUGCAAAUGCUUCUCAUUUCCCCAAUUAUGCAGCUGCUUUUGGAAACUGCACUGAUGAAAAAAUCCCACUCAAGAGGCACUACUUCCCUGUUAUUUACAGCAUCGUCUUCCUGGUGGGCUUUCCAGGGAACGCUGUAGCAAUUUCCACUUACAUUUUCAAAAUGCGGCCCUGGAAAAGCAGCACCAUCAUCAUGCUGAACCUGGCCUGCACAGACCUGCUGUAUCUAACCAGCCUUCCUUUCCUGAUUCACUACUACGCCAGUGGCGAGAACUGGAUCUUUGGGGAUUUCAUGUGCAAGUUUAUCCACUUCGGCUUCCAUUUCAACCUGUACAGCAGCAUCCUCUUCCUCACCUGUUUCAGCAUCUUCCGCUACUUUGUCAUCAUUCACCCGAUGAGCUGCUUUUCCAUUCACAAAACUCGGUGGGCCGUGGUGGCCUGUGCUGUGGUGUGGAUCAUUUCGCUAGCGGUCGUCGUUCCCAUGACCUUCCUGAUCACGUCAACCACCAGGGCCAAUAGAUCUGCCUGCCUUGACCUCACCAAUUCGGAUGACCUCACUACUGUCAAAUGGUACAAUCUAAUUUUGACUGCAACCACUUUCUGCCUCCCCCUGCUGAUCGUGACACUUUGCUAUACAAUGAUUAUCUACACCCUCACCCAGGGACCUCGGACUCACAAUUGCCUUAAGCAGAAAGCUCGGAGGCUCACCAUUCUGCUGCUCCUCGUGUUUUAUAUCUGCUUUUUACCCUUCCACAUUUUGAGAGUCAUUCGCAUUGAAUCUCGCCUGCUUUCCAUCAGCUGCUCCAUAGAGAAUCAGAUCCAUGGAGCUUACAUUGUUUCUAGACCAUUAACUGCCCUGAACACCUUCGGGAACCUGUUGCUGUAUAUGGUGGUCAGCAACAACUUUCAGCAGGCCAUGUGCUCCAUGGUGAGAUGCAAAGCGAGGAGGAACUCAGAGGAAGCAAAGAAAAUCGGUCACUCAAACAACCCUUGA